AUGGCUGAUAAGCUUAAGUCUGUUCAGACUUACGGACGUAAGAAGACUGCUACCGCUGUAGCUCACUGCAAACAAGGACGUGGCCUCCUCAAGGUCAACGGACGUCCUUUGGAGCAUAUGGAACCUCAAAUCCUCCGUUUGAAGCUUCAAGAGCCAAUCCUCGUUGUAGGAAAGGACCGUUUCCAAGACGUUGACAUCAGAGUCAGAGUAAGCGGUGGUGGACAUGUCGCCCAAAUCUACGCUAUCCGCCAAGCUAUCGCCAGAUCUCUGGUUGCUUAUUACCACAAGUUCGUUGAUGAGCAAAGCAAAAGAGAACUCAAGGAGCAAUUCGCUCUCUAUGACAAGUCUCUUCUUGUUUCUGAUCCUCGUCGUCGCGAGUCCAAGAAGUUCGGUGGACCAGGAGCCCGCGCCCGCUACCAGAAAUCUUACCGUUAA